AUGGAGUCGUGGACCAAAUUGAAACAGUUUCUACAAUAUACGCCACUUUUUAAUUAUAGAGCAAGUUCAGACGAGACGAAAGCAAAGCCAACUCAGGAACAUGUCAAGUAUAAACAUAUCUCGGAUAACGACGACGCUACGGAUUUGAGAGCUGAUCCUUUUAAAUUUAAGUCUCGCUCUAUCGAUGAGAUUCUAGACGAUAUAGGUUUGAGGUUAUUUCAUUUGAAAGUGAUCCUAAUAUUUGGCUUACUAUGCAUGAUAGAAGCUCUUGAACUUUCCACGUUAUCAAUCAUACUUCCAAGUAUAAAAUCACACUGGAAUAUCUCGUCGUUCCUAGCUGGAGUCUUAACAUUAUCAUUAUCAACAGGAGUGAUAGCGGGCUGUUGGUUUUGGGGCUGGAUAUGUGACAAAUACGGACGAAAACGUGGUUUUAUUGGCAGUGCCACUUUUAUAGUGGUUUUCGCAUUUGCAAGUGCGUUUUCACCAAACUAUUACUGGUUAUGGAUAAGCCUUUUCUUGGUCGGGUUUGGGUCAGCAAUUGCAGUUGAGACUUUUGUUAUGACUAUGGAAUUCUUCCCACCAAAAUAUCGAACUAUGUUUUCGGUAUUAAUCUCCGUAUUCUGGACUUUUGGUUUUCUACUUUCAGCAGUCGUAUCCAUUGAGCUUUCGGUAAUCGGCUUUCAUUGGGCUUUAGCUAUCGUGUGUUUUCCAACCGCACUUUUCCUUAUUGGCAUUGUAUUCCUCCCUGACACGCCACAUUACCACCUAGCUGCCGGAGACGAGCAGAAAGCUUUGAAUAUUUUACAAGAUUUUGCACCAGAAAUGGACUUGAGCAACACAAAACUUAACCGAGAUCACGAGUCAAAGGUCCGGGCAGAUUUCACACAGCUAUUUCGAUCAGGUUAUUGGAAAAUCACAAUAUGCCUUUUUAUCUUUAGUAUCACCAAUAUAAUGACGUUUUACGCAUUAGUGUAUACAGCAUCUAACAUGGCGGCCGCCAGCAGUGAAAAGUCCGAAAAUUGUACGUCUACGAUAGGUGGGCAAGAAAAUUACAAACAAGGUUGUUCGAAUGGUGAUUUGUAUUCCAUACUGGCUUGGAUGAAUUUGCCUGAGUUGGUGAUAAAAAUUACAGUUGCUGUAGGGUGUUGUAUUUUUACUGUGAAAAAUGUUAUACUAACCCUACUUGUCCUGCCAACAAUACUACAAAUUGUUGGCUUUUUUAUCCUAAACCAAAGGACUGCAUUACUUGUAGUCACAAUACUAUCUCGAAGUCUACUCUCAGGAUCGGUUACUAUGAUGUAUGUCUAUGCUUCGCUGCUCUACCCGACUGAAAACCGUAGCAUUGGCGUUGGAGCUUGCGCUUCUAUCGGUCACGUUGGUAUGGCCAUAGGACCGUUGAUAUUUGUGAUAGUCUUUGAGCAAGCGUAUUUCUACGGAAUUGUGUUUAUUAUUGGCAUGUUAUUGUUAGGAUUUAUAGCUAUUGCCCUGUUGCCUUCACGAAGUAGCGCCAUACUAUAA